GUAAGUUAGAGAUAUGAGGUUAUUACAUCGAUGCACAUGUUAACCUGUUGUGUUAAUACUGCCGUAGUGAUGGCGCAAUAGGCCCGGUAACCUGUUGGCUAGCCUCUGUGUUGCUAAGUAACAAGCAGUAUCUGGACCUUUUGUACCUACAGCAUCUGGAAUAAAACUUUGUAGCUCUUCCUACCAGCAGUAUUCUUUACAUGCUGUAAUCUGAGAAAAUACAAGCUACCAUACAUCUACCACUAUGUAAUAUUACAAAUAAACCCUGUAAUAUCCUCAAUUCAAAACACAAAACCUUGUAAAACAAACAAUAUGGCAUGAUGUGUUUUCAUCAUAUGAAUUUCAUCAAUAACUUUGGAGGUAUUAAGGCUUCAGUCAUAUUGCUUGUGUUGGGACAUGCCCUGGCUUGUCUCUGAGCAGGGAGGGGGGAGGGGGUGAACAACACAGCAGCACAGCAGAGUCUCCUUCCAGAGUACUUAUACCUGUAGUCUUGUAACUAACAGUAGAAAGAAGUUGUGUUUUGUAAGCGGUUCGGCUCAUGGUUUAUUUAUUUGAGUAAUAACUAAGAUCUGUUUUACUGAAGUAUUCACCAGAGCUGAACAAACUGUUCUGCCAGCUGGCCAAAACUUGCCCGGUCCAGAUGGUGGUGGGGCAGGCCCCUCCCCCGGGCGCCUUGCUGCGUGCUGUCGCUGUGUAUAAGAAGUCCAAAGAUGUGGCGGACGUGGUGCGCCGCUGCCCCCACCACGAGAGGACCACCGAAAAUAACGAAGGUCCUGCUCCAGCGGGCCACCUUGUCCGUGUGGAAGGGAACAACCAAGCUCGCUACUUGGCGGACAACCACACAGGCAGGCACAGCGUCCUGGUUCCCUACGAGCCUCCACAGGUGGGGUCAGACAUCACCACGGUGCUCUUUAAUUACAUGUGUAACAGCAGCUGCAUGGGGGGAAUGAACCGCCGGCCCAUCCUCACCAUCAUCACCUUGGAGACACAGGAGGGGCAGCUCCUGGGCCGGCGGUCCUUCGAAGUGCGGGUGUGUGCCUGUCCCGGGCGGGACCGCAAGAACGAGGAGGAGAACUUGCGCAAGAACGAGGAGAAGAGCAAGCCUGCUCCUGGAACCAAACGCACUGUGAAGGAGGCCGGUCUUCCUGUUCAGCGGCCUGAGGACAGUAAGAAGUCUUGCCCUGGAGGGGAGGAAGAGGUCUUCACUCUUCAGGUUCGGGGAAAGGAGAGGUUUGAGAUCUUGAAGAAAAUCAACGACGGUCUGGAGCUCAGCGACCUGGUGCCGGCAGCUGAUGCUGAAAGAUACCGACAGAAACCACCUGCCAAAAGCACCAAAAAGGAAAAAGAUGGACCCGGAGUUCCUAAGAAAGGAAAGAGACUUCUUGUCAAGGAGGAGAAGAGCGAUUCAGACUGAAGUGCAUUUUUCAAGGAACACCAACAAUCUGACAUGCUGACAUUUGUAAAGCGGGAAUUUCGUCCUGAUUUCGUCCAGUUAAACACUCUCCCUGAACUUGCAACAGGUUACAAGAGCUAAUGUAACCUUCUCUUCCCGCCAGUGUUACUUUCAUUUAAAGGACAUUUAAUAACAGCAGUUGGAUGCUCUAAAAUGUGCCAUUUUAUGAACACUCCUUUCCCAAAGUUAGAAUGGAUCUAUGUACGCCUGUCUACUAACAUAAUUUUUAAAGGGUGCUUGUUUAAAAUAUUAUGUUAAACAAAUCUUGAUUUCCAAAUGAGGGGGAAACAUGUUGUGUUAGAUCAGGUAGAGACCAUAUUGGCAUUGAUGGCAUUUGACAAAAAUUACUUAAAUUAUGAUCGGGAAUGAGGAAUAUCUACCUACCCUACCCAUUUUCUCGCCAGUCUUCAUUUUCCUACAGUACUUUCUUACUUUUUUUUUAUACAUUUUGAUAUCUUUAGAUGAUUUAUAGGCUUUUAUUUUUUAAGUCAGAUUUGUUUAGUUUCCUUUUAUCAUAGUGGCACGUAGAAAAUGUAUUUUGUCUUUAUUUUUAUGAAAUAAAACAGUGGACUGCCUUUAAGAAAAAAAAUCACAUUUUAUUAAUCGUACACAUUGGAGCUGUAUGAAAACGUGUUAAGAAGAUUAAAACGUUUUGAGGACACA